GAUUAUUUCCUUAUCCGGGAAUUCCAGACAACCUCUCCAUUGGUUCCUGGGGUCACAUGGACACCUAACUUUGUUCACUUGACGGCAAAUGUAGGAGGGCUCUACGAAACAGGAAAACGAGUGCGGAGGGGAGGGGAAGGAAGGGAGCAGGGGGAAGGGGAGGGGCCCCCCGAAAGAAAUAGGAAUAAAUUUUAGUAUAUAUUUUUGGGGUGUGCGUGUGAGUGAACGAGCGAGAGUGUGCGUGCUGGCGCGCGCGCGCCUUUGGCUGAAAUUUCCGCCCCCCACCCCCAAAAAACAAUAUUAAUGGCCAUGAGUUCCUUCUUGAUCAACUCCAACUAUGUGGAUCCCAAAUUCCCACCAUGCGAAGAAUAUUCGCAGCACGAUUACCUUCCCAGUCAUUCUCCGGAAUAUUUCAGCGGCCAGAGGCGAGAGGAGAACUCUUUCCAACCCGAGGCGUUGUACCCAGCGCGGUCCGCCUGUAACCAACCAACCUAUCCUUCGUGUCGGGGCUCCGGCCACCAGCCGGCGGUCCUCUCUCCCAGGAGCCAGCAGGUCCACGCUCCGGCGGGACUCAGAACCACCUCUCCGACCAUCACGCCAAGCCCACCGCCUUCCUGUAGCCAAAACUCUCUCAACCAAAGCCCUUCCUCUUGCAAAGAACCGGUAGUUUAUCCUUGGAUGAAGAAGGUGCACGUUAGCACGGUCAACCCCAACUACACGGGGAGGGAGCCGAAACGGUCCCGGACGGCCUACACCCGGCAGCAGCUCCUAGAACUGGAGAAGGAAUUCCACUACAACCGCUACCUCACCCGGAGGCGACGGGUGGAAAUCGCCCACUCCCUUUGCCUGUCCGAGCGCCAGAUCAAGAUCUGGUUUCAGAACCGGAGGAUGAAAUGGAAAAAAGACCACAAAUUGCCCAAUACCAAGAUCCGGUCGAAUGCUGCGGCCAGUCUCCCGGCUCAAGGAGGGAGCGGAGCCCCCCAGGACCGAACCAAUGGACCAACCCCCAACCCCCCCGCCAGUCUAUAACCUCCCCUGGAGCCUGCUCUAUGUCUCCGUGGGUGUGUGUGAGAGAGCGAGAGAGUGCGUGUGUGUGCCAGCUAAGAACUGAUGUAUGAGAGGAAGGGAUGCGUUGUGAUUUCCACUGUUCCCUGAGGAAGAAACACCAGGGUGUUGAGGGAAGGGGUCGAAUGGGUGGGUGGGAACACUAUUUAUAUGAAGGGAGAGAAGACAAAAGAGAAUAAGAAGGGGGGGGGGUUAUCCCGUUGUCCGGAAAGCAGGGUUGUAUUUUUUUUUUUGGGGGGGGGUGCUCUGUUCCACAGGAGAUGUGGGGGGGGGGGGUUCAGAUUUGGCUAAGAUGGAUCCCUUUUCCACUCUUAAUCAAGCCAAACUCGGGGCCAUUUGUCAUGUUUACUCUCGCGUACAAACGAAGGACCUUAUGCCAGCCAUUAGCUCGACAGACAGGCUCGUCUUUAAUAAAUGAGGCCCGGUUUCACCUAUGAGGGACUGGACCCUCUCUCUCUCCCCCUCUCUCUCCCCCCUCUCCCUUUUCAACCUCUUCUUUCUCCCCCCCCCCACCAGCCCCCCCCCAUACCCAUUCUGAAGCCAAACAUUUCCCCAAGGCUCCCGAAAAGGUGUUGGCAUCUGCUUAACACAGCUGUAGAUGGCAGAGUGUUUGGAAGGGAGAAAUCAAAUUUCUUCCAGCCCUCUAAGGGCUUCAUUGGGUAGUGAAUAUUAUAAUGUUCCGUAAGGAGGGGCACCAUUGGGGGGGGAGAAAUCGGGGAGGGACAACCUGAGUCCCCCCCCCCUUUCAAGAUUGGAGCAACCAAGGCAUUUAAAACAAAAAAAACCAAAUUCAGGUUAAUAACAUAACCUGUAAGACCUGGAAAGCGGAAAAGAGCUAUACUCCUGAGCUUAUAAAGUUGAUUAUAACAUAAAGCCAUCUGGGUUCUGGGCCAUUAAUGGGAAGGGGGAGGUCCUUUGUAAAUAAGGAGGCUCGGUUGCACUCUUCACUGCCAUCUUUGAACCAAAUAUGUGCACAAAGAUGGAUUUUCCUCGGAUCCUCUGGGGGAUAUGUGUGUGCUCUGACUCUUUCCCUCUCCUCUCUCCCCCCCUUCUUUCUCUCCCUCCAUACAUGACAUUCCAAAAUGGUGUGAUUCCAGGCAACUUUGGGGAGGGAGGAAAUUCUCCCCUUCCCACACUUCCGUAUAAUUACCUCUUGUUGUUCUGUGUGAUCUCCAUAAGAACAUGUACAUAGCAAACCGUGGUGGAAAAAAAAGAAAUAA